GUGAGUUGUUGCCCAAAAUCCAGUUUUUCUAAUUGUGUUUUUUGGGUUGAAAAUAAUGGAACAUUUCACCUGAUUUCACCUACACUUUUAUAUAAAACUUCCUUUUUCAGCUACAGUCUUGAGUGUCAGCAGGUAAAUCGAUAAAAUAGGAAUCCUGGGGAAGAUUUUAAAGAGCAAGUCACCCCCAAAUCAACUUUUUUUUUGCUGAUAAACUAUAUAAAUGUGUGUCUAAUUGUGCUGCAGACACGUGUGGUCAAUAAUUUGGUACUUCAGUGCAUCUUAGUUAAAAUUUUAAUAUUCUGCCUAAAAUUGUCAGUGUUGCGCCGUCGUCGGGUAAAAACUCUGCACUGUAUUUGAAUUUAAAUCUGCCACAGCUAUUGGCUAAGAGGAAUGCUAUGAUGUAAACGGGUCCUUAUGAUGUCACAAUGCCGUUGUGAGCUUGUUUGUGUGUGUGUGUGUGUGUGUGUAUUUGUUAGCGGCUCCGCCCUCUCGGUCUGCUAGGCAACAGCAUUUGUUGCAUUUUUCAAACAUGAAGAGGGAGUGAAGUAAGUUUCUUGUAGGGGGUGACUUGCUCUUUAAGUGUGUGUCCAGGUUUUUUAGUUUUUGUCUGACCAGAGUAAACUUCACAUCAACAUAGAUUUAGUUACUUUUUAUUCCAAAAUCCAGCUUAAUUGGUUUAAGAUCUUUUUAUAAAUUCCAGUAAGAAACUCCGGGACCUUCACAGCAUAAUUUACUGGUUGAGAAAAGGAUUCUAAGCUGAACGACUCCGCUGAGCUGAGCCAUGUGGGCCAGGUGUGCCACGUGGCUGCAGGGACUGAAAUCUCCCAGAAGGUCCAGACGAGACUCUGGAUGGUUUCUACUUUUCCCUCAGACUGUUGCAGGGAGCACGCGGCUCCAAAACAAAUCCAUUCCUAAGGAAAAAAACAGAUCUCAUGCGUCUGGCACAUUUACAGAAAUAUCUAACAGCUCUUUUUGUCAUUUGUCUCAGAAUGAAUAAAAAACAUUGAUGAGCUUGAAAUAACAAAAAGAGAAACUAUUAUGUAACGGAGGGGUUUAUUCUUAUUCACACACCAUGAUGGAAACCUCAGAGCCAUUCACACCUCCAGGUCUGGACCGGCUGACUUCCACGUGAACAACCUGGAACCACAUGAAAAACAAAGCUCCCGAGGUUGGACUGUUAUUCCUGCAGACAGCAUUCCCAGUACUUUUCCUUUGCAUGAUGAGAUGAGAGGGAGGGUGAGGAGGAGACAAAUAAAUUGUGAGCAUCCAGGUUGGAGCCUCAUUCGGCAGCAUGGAUUUGAGACGAGUCUGUGUCCUGCUGGGCGUCCUGCUGCUGGUCCACCUCUCGUGUCAGCAGACCACGACUAGGAAGAAGCCGGUGAAGAAAGAAACGACAAACGCUGCAGUAGCAGAACUCCAAAAACAGAUCGAUGACAUCAUCCAGGAGUUGAACCUGCUGAAAGAACAGCAAGCGCUGCAAACAGUUUGUUUGAAGGGUGUGAAGAUCCAGGAUAAGUGUUUCUUGGCUGACUCAGUGAAGAAAAGCUAUCACGCAGCAAGUGAGGACUGUAACGCCCGGGGCGGGGUCCUCGGGACACCCACAUCCACCUCAGUGAACGACCAGCUCAGGGACUACAUCCGUGAGAGCACCGGCCCUGAUGAGCAGGUCUGGCUGGGCAUCACCGACAUGGUGGCCGAGGGUACCUGGAUGGAUCAGACUGGCUUCAGCAUCACAUACAAAAACUGGGACGCGUCCAACUACAGGUCCCCACAGCCAGACGGUGGCAAGUCCCAGAACUGUGCUGUCCUGUCUGCGGCUUCACAAGGGAAGUGGUCUGAUGAGAACUGUCGUGAGGAGAGGGUGUCGGUCUGCCAGUUCAACAUCGUCUGAUCACAUUUGAGGCUCUGCACUUGCUUCCAGCUGCUUUAUAAGCCUGCUCCUUCUGCCUCGCUGCUAUAAAACAAGUUUAAACCAGUGAUUCUCAGCUGCAGACACCAAAAUGACAGUUUCACAACAGAGGGUUUUCUAUUUUUGACAAAAGUGAUGUGCUGGUAUGUCAUUUGCAGCAUUCCUUGAGAUAAAGCCAGAAGGAACACAAUCCAGACCACAAAACAGGAUCAAAUCUCAGACAAUAAAGUUUUUUUCUUCUUCUUCACACACUUUAUACUUAGUGACCAAAGAGAGAAAAACAUCCAUUGAAAAGUGAAGGUGCUGGCACAUUUCACAAGUGUCCAAAGUGAUUGAAAAUGUCUAUUUUUUUCACAGAUAGGUGUCUGAGAACUGCUGGUUUAGACUUGAUAAUAAACACAAAACUAUUUUUAAUGAAAUCUUUAAUUGUUCCAGUUCACUAAUUUUUUAUUCUUUUAAAAUUUCUAGUCUGAUGUAACCUGUAAAAAUAACAUUUAAUAAACUUUGAACAUCA